UGAGUUCUGAAGCUCCGUUGCGCGUUAAUCAUGGUAUUGCUUUGAUGUAAAUUGCUAGUUGAGUCUAGACAUGCGUCGCCGCUGCUUGCGCUCACUGGCUAUUGGGUGUGUGCUGGCUGCACACAGCUUAAGAGGCGCUGUGGGCGCUUUCCUGGUGCCAACGCCUCCACCGCGGGUAGGAUUUACAGGCCGCCAUGCUUCUCGACGAGAAGGGCCAGUGCCAGCGUCACAACUGGAGGAUUUGGUCGCGAAUGCCAAGAGCAUGAUCUUUGCGGUGGUUCCCCAAGGCCCACAGGCCGAGAUCCCCCGCAACAUCAUGGCGGGCUUCGCGGUGGCGCUGGCCAUGAUUCCGGAGUCAGUUGCCUUCGCCUUCGUGGUGGGUGUCACACCCAUCGCCGGACUUUGGAGCGCAGUGUGCUUGGGUUUCCUGGCCGCUGCCUUCGGAGGGCGCCCGGGCAUCGCGUCCGGGGCUGCGGGGUCCACGGCGGUGGUCAUGGCGGCGCUGGUGGAUUCACAUGGCAUCAGCUACCUGAGUGCCGCGGUGAUGCUUGCAGGCAUAAUGCAGAUCACGGUAGGCGUUCUGCGCUGGGGGAAGUUCAUCAAGUUGGUGCCGCAUCCUGUCAUGUUGGGCUUUGUGAACGGCCUGGCCAUCGUCAUUGCCAACGCGCAGCUCUCCCAUUUCUUCGACCCUGCCACUGGCGCACUGCUGGCCGGCGCGAAAGGUGCCUCGAUGUUGGGAUUGACUGCGUUAUCCAUGGCGCUGGUGAAGCUCUUGCCACGGCUGACCACGGCGGUUCCCUCGAGCUUACUCACGGUGGUAUUGAUCACGGUGCUCACAAAGGUCUUCCACUUGCCGGCCCAAACACUCAGCGAUAUCGCCGGGGCGGAGACCUUUCGCGGGGGCCUGUCGGUGCUGCCACACUUCGGCCUGGCGCAAGUGCCCUGGGGCUCUUGGCAGACCUGGCGCGUCCUGCUGCCCUACAGCGCCACUAUGGCCGCCGUAGGCCUCAUUGAAUCGCUGCUCACGCUGCAGCUGGUGGAUGGUUUGAUGGAUGAUGGGAAACGAGGAGACACCCGCAAGGAGUGUAUUGGCCAGGGCCUUGGCAAUAUUGCCAGUGGCCUCACCGGCGGCAUGGGCGGAUGUGCCAUGAUUGGCCAGACCCAGGUGAACAUCCAGGCGGGCGCCCGUGGCCGCCUGGCGGGUAUCUCCAUGGCGCUGCUGCUGGGCCUGGGCAUCGUGGCGGCGGCCCCGGCGCUCGGCCAAGUGCCAGUCGCGGCGUUGGUGGGCAUCAUGUUUGUUGUUUGCGAGUCGACCUUCGCAUGGUCCAGCCUGCGGCUCAUGCGCAAGAUACCCAGAUCAGAUGCAGCGACUGUAGUUAUCGUCUCUCUCGUCACGGUGUGGCAAGACCUGGCGGACGGCGUGGUUGUGGGCACUAUUGUGUCAGCCCUGUGUUUCUGCUGGAAGCAAAGCACGAAUCUUUGGGUAGAGACCAGCGAGGGUUAUAGUGGCUUCAUCAAGACCUACAAGUUGCACGGCUUGCUCUUCUUCGGUUCAACGCAGUCGUUUGCCGAUUUGUUCCGAAUUCAGGAGGACCCGCAAGAGGUCGUCUUGGACUUUGCCGCGAGUCGGGUGUUGGACCACUCAGCGCUGGAAGCCAUCAAUAACGUGGCGGCCAAGUACGGUGAGCUGGGCAAAACCUUGCAUUUGGUGCAUUUGUCCUCCGACUGUGCGGGCCUGCUGGAGAGAUUAAACUCCGGAACUAUGCCUCCCUACGAGAUCAUUGAGGUCGAUGAAGCCACGGACCCUAUCUAUGAGGUCGCGGAGGAGAGCAGAUACUACCGAGACCUGAAAGCCCCGGACGCGCCAAAGCGGAAGGACGGCCAAGCAGACGUGUCUUUAGACGAGGAAGACGAGGAUUUCGAUGACACUGAAGACCCGGAAGCCUGGGAGGACGACCUGCGCUAAUGCCGAAAACGGAAUGGGCCAAGCCAUGCCCAUGCAGCUUUGGCUGUAGAGAAAGGAAGCAACAAAAUGGGAAAGUCCAGCCAG